AUGACGUCACCUACUUCACCAGAAGAUGAUUUGAAAGCACUUCUAAAAGCAAUGACAGAAACCUCAUCAUUAGAAUCAAAGCAGUUAGAAACAUCAUUUCGUACCAGUAAUUAUAAUCCAAGCUUAGUUGCUGUCGCUACGUUUGGAUUAAUGAGCAGUUUCAAUAUGUAUCUCAUAAGUCACAAAUGGCCAGCUCUGCUUUCAGGUCUCAUAGCUUGCGUGCAAGGCUCUUUGGUUUAUGAAUGGUUCAAUUUGCACGGCAUGAAACUGACUCGUAAAGAACGAAUCUAUUUCGACGAGAAGAACAUCCUCGAGACAUCAAAACAAUUUGACUUCAAUCUACCACCUGUUUCUGAUGAUUUAACCCCCGGUAACAUAACAGACAAAAAAACUGCUUCAGAAGAGAGAGAAUCAGCGCUGACAGAACUGUUUCGGAAUGAAAAAGACGAGCAAAUGCAAAAAUGGUAUCAAAUGCAUUACGGAAGCGUUUAUGAACAUGCGCAAAAGGCCGAAAGAGAACGUAAGAUGACGCAAGAAGUAACUAAGAAGUAA